AUGAAGACCGAGCAUCUGGAGCAGUCGUUCAAGUUAGGCGUUCACCUGCCAGCCCCACCAAUCCAACUGCCGACCCCACCAAUCCAACCGCUACCUGCCACCCAACCUGCCCAAGCAGCUCCUCAGGCCGACAACUCCGGCAAAGAGUUCGACUUCAGUGGUGUUCCCAGCACCUCAACCAAUGAUGAAGGGCAGACCAGUGGACUCUCUCAAGCUCAGGCUCGCCCUUGCACAAGUGGCAACACUUUUGCUGGAUCAUCAACCCUUGCGACGCACCCAGCCAGUCCUGCUGCAGCAACAACAGUGACAUCGGAUACGAGGGCACCAUCAGCGUCAAGCAGUUACUCUAGAAAUGUGGCCUUGGAUAUUGCAUACUAUUCGUCAAGGCGGCCAAAGCCUCUGGUAAGCAAACUUAUUGCAGGUUUUGCAAUACCUGAUUUCAGAGAGAAAUCCACCUCAAACCCGAAGCUUAAAUUCAAGUUUUCUGCCAAUACCUCCAACACCACGCUCAGGAACCACUUGGAGAACAUGCACAAAGAGUACCUUUGCCUCUGCGCCGAGAAGGGAUGGAACAACCUGCUUCCAAAGUCGCGAGUUCAGGCGGUAGCGGCCCUGGAAGCAGCUCAUGGCACUCAAGGCACUUUCCAUACCCCCUUUACCCAAAAGGCUUUCAUCCAGCAUCUAAUCAAUUUUGUUGUUGCAGAUGAUCAGGAGGACCUCCAAGACAAUGAUAUCUCCCGCCGAACCAAAUUUCGAGAAGAAGUCAUCAAAGCAUGGGAAGUUUACUUCAGGGUUCUCAAACAAGAUCUCAUGGUUGGCCACUGGACACUUGACAAUGCCUCCAUGAAUGCAAAGUUCUUGGAAGAACUCCAAGUCCUUCUUGAAGCAAGGGAUAUUCCCUUCAAUGCAAAGGAUAGACACAUCAUGUGUUUCCCCCACAUUAUCAACAUAUGUGUAACACAUGUAACUGAGAGCUUUACUGAUCUAGCUCUCACUAGCGAUGAAGCUGAAUUUGCAGCAGCCCUCCCUCCUGCAGAUCCAGGUCAACAAACCUUCAACGAGGCUUGUGCUCAGGAUCCUAUCGCACUAUGCUGUGGCGCUGUUUGUGCGAUCCGUGCCUCUGGUAAAUGGCGCAAAAUGUUCCAGGAUAUUAUUCGCGACGGUAACGAGAAGGAGUGGUUCAAGGCAGCCAAUGACCCCAACAAGAUCAUCAAGCUUGAGAAUCUUGAACUUCUUCAUAACGUUCGACAUUGA